AUGUCGUUCACCGCAACCGGAUGUCAAAAGGAGGAUACUCCACCAAUCGGGAAGGACAGGGUUAUUCCCGUAGAAGCGGGCAGCAAGGAAAGCGGACCUUUCUUUGUAUUUUAUGCAGGGCAUGAUGGCAACAACUGUCCGGGUUGUAUAAUGAUUAAUGGCAAGCUUUAUCAUGUUGAAUGUCAAGGUGUAGGAAGAAAAUGCGCCGUAUCUACCAGAGUGUCCAUAGCGCAGACCGGCACCGUUGUCACCGCCACGACCACAGACACGUUCGGUCUGACCUCGGAGGACUUCUUCCUGAUGCCGGACCGUUCUUUAGAUUAUGAGGAUGAUAAAGGGAACCAUCUCUUCCUGAACAUCCCUUCUCAGAUGGUCUAUCGGGACACUACCACCCUACAGUUCACGUUCACGGGGCUGUCGUUCAGCAACACUGCGGUUUAUAGUAACGAUUAG